AUGCCUGCCAAGGGUGCUGCAACCCGCCUCAACCCGGUCCGCCUGCAGACCAUCCCCCAUCUCCGAGUUCGUCGUCCGAAUCAGCAUGAGCAGAACCCCUGUACUGCCGUGAUGUCUUCAAUGCUCAGCUGCUGGGCCUCUUCUGGAUACGGUGCAGAAGGCUGCGCUGCCCUUGAGCAACAAUUGAGAGCAUGCAUGGACAAGCCUAAACCCAAGAACACCAAGAAGAACACCAUCAACUACCACUUGAUGAGAAUGUACCCCAAGGUCGUUGGUCCCCAGAAGAAGGAGGGUCGCCUUGGUUAA